AAUUACAAUGCGAAAGAUGGGUGAGGGAGAGUCAUUGGUUAUAGAAAUUAAAAGAGUGGAGUUGCAGGAAUUGCAGCAGGCGCACAACAAGAGGCUCGAGUAGAGAGAGAGAGGGGGAGGGAGGCAGGGAGAGAAGUCCUAGAGAGAGAAUCUGACACACACUAACAGGACAAGUGCUGUGCUGUGGACCAUCAUUCUCACUUUAAUUCCCCACAAACACACAAAAGAGUCGCACUCUCGUUUCUCUUUCUCACUGAAUUAUCUUUUAUCGCCUUAAGCCUUCGUUUGAGACCACCCCCUCUCCCCUCUAAUUGCCAUUUUACGUCUCAUUCUGAGAUUACAACUAGGAUUUAUCCAUGAUUACAAGAUUGCAGGAAGAUUCCAGGCAACCAAAGUAACGUCAUGUCACCUCUCUCUCUCUCUCUCUCUAGCUGCCUUUGGGUUUUUGGAUUUGGGGGUGUUUUAAGGGUUGGAGAGUGUGCUCACAGAAGAUAACAAACGCAAGAGGGAAGCAAUAAUUAGGAACUGGACCAGUGUGCAGGCCGUGGGAGAGGACGAACAUGACCUUGUCGGUUGGUUUAGCAGAGGGUACUCUGAGUGUCAUCAGUCUAGCUCUAGCAGUCAUCACUCAUUUUGAGUACAAACCAACCCACCUGUUGCUUUGAUGGAUGGAUUUUAUGGGGUUGGAUGGGUGGUAGGAAACACACCCCACCUCUUUCUCACUUCCUAAACCUCAUUUUUCCUAACUCAAAACCUUGUCUUCCUUAAUCCAUGCUACAACCAGUUAUUUAUUUCCUUUCAGCUCUAUCAUUCUAGGAUGCUAAUGCUGGUGCAACUCCCUCUUUCAGCUCUUCCAUCUACAAAUUACACUUUCAAUAUCCCAAGGUAAGUCUUGGUCAGCUUUAAAAGGGGCCCAUUCCAUCUCCUGUUCCACUUCUUUUUAUUUUUUUAAGCCUUCUCAGAUUAAUCUGCUGUCCUAAGUUAUCUAAUACACAUUUCGCCAUCCACUGCUCAAACACUUGCCCAUUUCUGGGGUGUAGGGUUGAAAAUUCGAGAAAUGGGUUGGUGGGUUUAGCACCCACAACGUCCAUAUCACAACAAAAAGGAGGGAGAAUUUUUGGGUUAGCUCCUUGAUUAUUUCUUUGAUUAAUUUUUGCUCAUUGCUUAGUUAGAUGGGAUGAAUUAGGGUUGAGAGAGUUACAAGAAGGGUGUAUAUAUACGGCUUGAGAGGGAUGAUGAAGAAGAUGAUGAUGGUUUAAGAAGAGAGAUUAAUAAAGAUAGGUGGUGAAACCAAAGGUUUUAUCUUUAGAACUUGGGGGGUUUAAUGGAACUGAGAGGCCAAGAUAAGGAGAUAGGGAUGCCAAGCUCUUUGGGUUACAGCCCACCCAACAGGGAAUCGCCAUCCAAGGUAUCUCCUGCAUCCAUAGUUUUACCUGUGGGAGACAGAAGAAGAGAUGGAGCUGCCAGUGGUACUACAGUUUUGAGUCCAUCACAAACCCUAGAUCACCGUCACCUUCAUCAUCACCAAUUCAAUCUACAACAACAAACACAACACGGGGAAGUAGGGGAUCCAGACCCAGAUCCAGAUCCUGUUUCAGCUACAAUUGCAGUCUCCGGUGCAACCGCCACACCGAUUACCGGUGGAUCAAAUCCAAAAGUAGCAGCAGCGCCGCCACAUCCACCUCCUCAAUCAGCAGCCUCAAUUCGAUAUAGAGAAUGCCUCAAGAAUCAUGCGGCGAGCAUGGGCGGGCACGUCUUCGAUGGAUGCGGAGAAUUCAUGCCAAGCGGAGAGGAAGGGACUCUAGAAGCCUUGAAAUGUGCAGCUUGCGAUUGCCACCGCAAUUUUCAUCGCAAAGAGAUCGAUGGAGAGUCGCAGCCCACCGCCAAUUGUUACUAUACUUGUAACCCCAACACUAACAGUAGCAGAAGAAAUACAAUAGCUCCUCAGCUCCCUCCAUCGCAUGCUCCACUGCCCCAUCUUCAUCAGCACCAUAAAUACUCCCAUGGUCUAUCGGGCAGUCCAUUAAUGAGCCCAAUUCCACCAAUGAUGAUGGCAUUUGGUGGCGGCGGAGGAGCUCCCGCAGAGUCAUCCAGCGAAGAUCUAAACAUGUUUCAGUCCAAUGUUGGAAUGCACCUGCAGCCGCAGCCAGCGUUUGCGCUCUCAAAGAAGAGGUUUCGAACAAAAUUCUCACAAGAACAAAAAGAUAAGAUGCAGGAGUUUGCGGAGAAGUUGGGAUGGAAGAUUCAGAAGCAAGAAGAACAGGAAGUCCAGCAGUUUUGUUCAGAUGUGGGUGUAAAGAGACAGGUUUUCAAGGUCUGGAUGCACAACAACAAACAAGCCAUGAAGAAGAAGCAACUAAAAACAUUGGCAACAUCAACCUGUAUUAUUUUUCUACUCGAAACAUAUUGGGAUCUUACCCUUUCUUCCUUCCAUAUUACUAGCUCAAAAAGCUCCUCCCCAGAAAGAGAAAGGGAAAGAAAAGAAGAAACUAACGACAAAAAUUGCACGUAUUUUCCUCUUUGCUUGGUGGUCAUGGACUCAUGGGAGGUAAGUCUCACGUACGAGUCUCUUUUUACUAAUCUACUUUACUACUACUGUACUAUCAUCUCUUGCAUUAAUCCCAUCUGUCCAUUUAAUCGCCAAUUCUUUGGUUCCUUAAAACCCUACCACAUUCUUCUAUCUUUCUCCACAGUCGAAGUGAAACAACUGGACUGCUCCUGUCAGCACACUGGCAUAUGAGCAGACCCACAUUUUCAAAUUUCAAUCCUCCUGCAAGUUCCUCUUUUAAGUUCUGAGUUUCUGUAUUCACUUACACUUUAGAUUUUCAUAGUAUCUUAUGGUUUUAAUUAGAUUUAGAAACCUGGUUGUUGCACAUGGAGAAUAAGGGAAGGUCAUAAUCAUUUUUCGGCAAUGGGCAGUUGCUCAUACCUGUGGCACACCAUUGUGGUAAGAAUGUGUUCAAAUGUGAGGCUAUACUUAAUCCUGAUGACCGAGCAAGAAGUAUAGAUUGAAGUAGACAUUCGUAGCCGUCAAAAGAUGUAAAAUUAGAAAUUAGCACAAUAAAGUGACCAAGCAGAAAAGAGAGGAGACUUAUACUCCUCCAAUAUGUGGACUUCAUGAGUCUAGAGCUUGGAAGGGACAACUCUCUCCCAAAAAAGAAGCGGAAAUCCCUUGUGAACUGGUCAAGGCAUAUAUUUAGCAAUGUAAUUUAUCAGCCCUCAACAAAAUUCAGAGUUAGUAAACUGGAUAAGAAAAGAUGAAGAGUGUAUCAUCUGUGCAAAGAACAAUAUUAGUCAUAUACAGCUAGGGCCUUGGCUAGAAGGACAAUUGGGUAACAAAUGGUAUAAAGAUUGCUAAGAAAAAGACUGUAAAACUAGUUUAACACUGGGGGAAGUUCAAGGAAGAUGGAAGGGUCCCUUAAUAAAGAAAGCAGCAAGGAUCUCAACAUGAAUAAAUGUAUGUGUGUGUGUAUAUAUGUCUGGAUGUUGGCUCGGCUUUAGUUGUGAGAAAAAACAAGAGACCGGAUUACAAUUGAGCAAAUAUGAAUCUUAUGGUAGUCUGACAGUUACACAUUUCUCUAGUUAUAGGUUAUCACCCUUGGAUCGAGAGGCUUUUUGAUACAUGCUCCCCUUAGCAGUUACCUGAACAUUGGUCACUGGCUGAUGGACAAGGCAGGAUGUCCAAUUCUUCAGCCCAUUCUGCAUUUUGAUACGGAGGAAAUAGUAGCUCAGGCUGGUGAGAAUUCAUCAAAACUGCUUCCAAGAGCAGAAGUAAACUGAACACCAGUCAGCUAAUGCAUGAAAAAUUAAAGAUGGACAGAAAUAGUAGACCCACAGUCGAUCCGAAGGCACGUUUACUAAGUAUUAAAAGUGGUAAGAGAAUCUGAAAAGGAUGGUCUGACAGAAUUUGGACGACAGAAAGGACUUGGGAAAGACAGUAUCCUUAUUACAAUUCCGGAACGUGAAAUGGAGAAACCCCUGGAAGAUUACAUUUCGUUUUGCAAGGAACAAAUAAGAGAUUCAAAGUUGUCACAGAAACUAAAUUUUAAGACCGUAUAUAGAAAGUUCAGCUACUUAAUGGGGAUAAAAAAAAAUACCUAAUGAUCUUC